AUGUCCGUGUUUAACGAGGAAAAAUUUAGCGAAGGACUGGUUUCGGAACUAGCAUUGUUUGAUCUUCCAAGUACGCAGACUAGCGUAACGGACGUCUAUUAUGAAGAAAUUCGUCCGAUUUCACAAUUGUCUGACAGUGCGAGUCCAAUCGAAUUCCGAAUCGGUGGGCAAAAUUCCAUGGAUUAUCUGGACAUGAAAGGAACGCAACUAUACGUCAAACUGAGAGUGAAGACGGCUGCGGGCGCUAACUUAGUCGCUCAAAAGGUUGGACCAGCGAAUUUGUUUCUCCAGGCCUUGUUUUCAUCCACAGAGGUAACUUUGCAGAAUAAAGCAACGGUUACAGCGAACUACAAUCCGUACAGGGCUUACAUACAGACGAUAUUGAAUAAUGGACAGGAUGCCACUUCACAACUACAGUCUCAGCUAUUUUACAUGGACACUCCAGGAAAACACGCUGUGACAGAUCCUGGUGGUGCAAACAUGGGUUUGUAUGAAAGGGCCAAACUGAUAGCGACAUCGAAAACGUUGGAUCUGCAGGGUCCCAUAUUUCAUGACUACUUCUCACUGGAACGUUAUUUGUUGAAUCAAGUGGACGUCAAAGUAAAGCUGUACAGAAGUUCGCCAGACUUUUGCUUGGUUAGCAGCGAAUCAUCGCCGGCAUUCAAGAUUGAAAUUGAGGAUAUCUAUAUCUUAGCCAGGAAGAUUCGGGUAAAUCCGGCGGUAAUCUACGGACACGCAGAUAUACUGAAAAACACCAACGCCAAAUAUCCGUACACUCGAGUUGAAUGUCGGUCUCAAAGCGUGGCUUCGGGUAGUACUAGUUUUCACUGGGAAAACAUUCUUCAAAAUCAACGACCGAACAAGGUGGUUAUCGGUUUUGUAAAAUCGAAAACGGUCUCUGGCGACUACGGCACCAAUCCAUUCAACUUUGAAAACUGUAACAUACAGAGCAUUUAUUUAUACGCCGACGGACUACCUGUGGGAGGCAAUCCCUUAAAGCUGGACUUUAACGAAGUCACUGGACAGUCUAAUAUACGGGCCUACGUCAAUACAUUUACUGCGACUGGCAAAUGGAGACAGCCGGAUGAAGGAAACCAACUGAGCAGAGAACAAUUUAAUGCUGGAACAACAAUGUUCGUAUUCCAGUUGGAGCCAAACUUCGACCAUCAUGGAGAGUACUUGUCGCUAGUGAAAACGGCGAAUGUCAAACUGGAUGUACAGUUCUCCGCUCCACUAUCAGAGAGUGUAAGCUGUUUGGUAUACAGUGAAAUGUCCGGUUACUUCGAGUUAAAUAAAGAGAGAGACAUCAUUACGCAAUGA